AUGAAUGACAAUUCAGUUGGGGAAUUCACUUUCCUGUUCCAAGAUAAGGGCAUUGGUAUUCUCAAUGGCUCUCCUCUCUCAAUGGGCCUUCUGACAGAACAAGGACCACCUCCAUGGCAUCCGGCACCGGAUUUUAUCAAAGAAGCAACUUUAGCUGCUACUCACUACUGCAUGGUAUGUGAUGAUUGUAAGUCUUUGGACAUCGAAAGUUCCGUUCAGCGACAAACAUCAACAUACUGCAACUAUUUCCUUAGCUUGUACUCCUACUCAGUCCUUCACAUAUAUUGUAUAAAAUAA